AUUUUAAAUGUUUAUAAAGAUUUGUAAACAAUUUUUUUGUUGAUAGUGAUAGUGUCCUUAUAUCUAUGGUCCUUAUGUAUUCAUUUUCAGAAACAAAUAAAAUAAUAUCGGAAAUUAGAAAGAGGCCGGCCCUUUACAACAAAAACCAUGCCGAUUAUAAUAAUAAAGAAUUCAGAGAGCAAAUGUGGACAGAUAUUUGCUGGGAAUUAUAUCCAAAUUGGUCUGAUUUGGACGAAUUUGAUCGACAAGCAAGAUUUAAAGAUAUUCAAAAGAGAUGGAAAAAUAUGCGAGAUAGCUUUAGAAAAGAAAUAAAAAUUCAAUCAAAAGCGAGAGCUGGAGUUAUUCGAAAAAAGAGGGAAUAUGUUUAUUACAGGCAGAUGAAAUUUAUGAUACCUUUUAUCCUAGAACAAGAAAGUUCCAAAGAAAAUUCAAAUCAAGAUCAGUUGAGUACUUUAAGUGUAGAAAACACAGAACAUGAAGAUGAUAAUGAUGAUGAAGAUAAUAAUGAUGCUGACGAAGAAGAAGAAUAUAAUGAUGAUGGUGAAGAUAAUAAUGAUGAAGAAAUUACAACAUGUAAAUUUGAGAGUGAAGAUACAAGGUUUUCAAAUUCGUCUCAUACUGCUGAAGAUGAUGAAGAAAAUGAAGGGAAUAAGGAGCAACCAGUAUUAGAAAUGUGGGAUGACAAUGUCGAAAAUGGACAUUAUAACAACUGUAAUCAUUCAUCAUUUAAAGAUGUUGACCAGGAUAGGUAUUUUUUAUUGUCAUUAGUACCUUCAUUUAAAACUCUCUCCCCCCAACAAAAACUAAAUGUUAAAGUGGAAUUUUUGAAGGUGUUACAGAGAAUAUCUGAAGGUAGCAGUGAUAAAAUAACUUAGUCCUUUUUAUUUGGGUUGAGCUUCUGUUUGACACAAAUAUACCAUAUUUUUAUUAUUGAGAGCUAACAGAAGUUAUUUUGCUGCUAGAAUGUAGUAUUGAGAUGAGAUGUCCACAUGCCAAUGAUGCUUUAAUGCUGGUGCAGAUUAGGUAACAAAUUUGGGGUCUGUGACAAAAAAAUCUGGCAAGUUAAGUUUUGUAUAUAGCAGGGAUAGAAGUUGGAAUGGCUUUUGGUAAGUAGAGAGGUAGCAAACGUCAAACCCUGU